UCUUCGUUAGCAGGGACAUAGCAUCAGCGCCAGAGGCUCUGGAUGUGGCAAGUGUAGCGUAGCUAACAUUAGCUUUCUCGUUAGCAGUUGUUGUUGUGUAGCAAGUUCAUUCAUCCACUGCAAACAUGCAGGAAUGGGCAAAUCAGCUAUGCGAGAACCGACAAUUCGGAUCCAAGAUGACGGACUCCAAGUAUUUCACCACUACCAAGAAAGGAGAGAUCUUCGAGCUGAAAGCUGAGCUGAACAGCGACAAGAAGGAAAAGAAAAAGGAGGCAGUGAAGAAGGUGAUCGCCUCCAUGACGGUUGGCAAGGACGUGAGUGCCUUGUUUCCAGACGUGGUGAACUGCAUGCAGACCGACAACCUGGAGCUGAAGAAGCUGGUGUAUCUUUACCUGAUGAACUACGCCAAGAGCCAGCCUGACAUGGCUAUCAUGGCGGUCAACACCUUCGUCAAGGACUGCGAGGACCCCAACCCCUUGAUCCGGGCCCUGGCUGUACGCACCAUGGGCUGCAUCCGCGUGGACAAGAUCACGGAGUACCUGUGCGAGCCGCUGAGGAAGUGUCUGAAGGACGAGGACCCCUACGUGAGGAAGACGGCGGCCGUGUGCGUGGCCAAGCUCCACGACAUCAACGCCCAGCUGGUGGAGGACCAGGGCUUCCUGGACACCCUCAAGGACCUGAUAUCAGACUCCAACCCCAUGGUGGUAGCUAAUGCCGUGGCAGCCCUGUCAGAGAUAGCCGAGUCCCACCCCAACAGCAACCUGCUGGACCUCAACCCCCAGUCCAUCAACAAGCUGCUGACAGCCCUGAACGAGUGCACCGAGUGGGGCCAGAUCUUCAUCCUGGACUGCCUGGCCAACUACACCCCCCGCGAUGACCGCGAGUCCCAGAGCAUCUGCGAGCGCGUCACCCCUCGCCUGUCCCACGCCAACUCGGCGGUGGUGCUCUCAGCCGUCAAGGUGCUCAUGAAGUUCAUGGAGAUGCUUCCUAAGGAUCUGGACUACUACAGCACACUGCUGAAGAAGCUGGCUCCACCGCUGGUCACCCUGCUGUCGGCCGAGCCGGAGCUGCAGUACGUGGCCCUCAGGAACAUCAACCUCAUCGUCCAGAAGCGGCCUGAGAUCCUGAAGCAUGAGAUGAAGGUGUUCUUUGUCAAGUACAACGACCCCAUCUACGUCAAGCUGGAGAAGUUGGACAUCAUGAUCCGCCUGGCCUCCCAGGCCAACAUCGCCCAGGUGCUGGCCGAGCUAAAGGAGUACGCCACCGAGGUGGACGUGGACUUUGUGCGUAAGGCAGUGCGAGCCAUCGGGCGCUGUGCCAUCAAGGUGGAGCAAUCCGCGGAGCGUUGUGUCAGCACCCUGCUGGACCUCAUCCAGACCAAGGUCAACUACGUGGUCCAGGAGGCCAUCGUGGUCAUUAAGGACAUCUUCCGCAAAUACCCCAACAAGUACGAGAGCGUGAUCGCUACCCUGUGUGAGAACCUGGACUCCCUGGACGAGCCGGAGGCUCGCGCCGCCAUGAUCUGGAUCGUGGGCGAGUACGCCGAGAGGAUCGACAACGCCGACGAGCUGCUGGAGAGCUUCCUGGAGGGCUUCCACGACGAGAGCACCCAGGUGCAACUGCAGCUGUUAACAGCCAUCGUCAAGCUGUUCCUCAAGAAGCCCACGGAGACCCAGGAACUGGUGCAGCAGGUCCUCAGCCUGGCCACACAGGACUCUGACAACCCUGACCUGCGUGACCGGGGCUACAUCUACUGGCGCCUGCUCUCCACCGACCCGGUGGCGGCCAAGGAGGUGGUUCUGGCUGAGAAGCCCCUGAUCUCGGAGGAGACGGACCUGAUCGAGCCCACCCUGCUGGAGGAGCUCAUCUGUCACAUCGGCACCCUGGCCUCCGUCUACCACAAGCCCCCAAGUGCCUUCGUGGAGGGCAGCCGCGGAGUCCAGCACAAGAGGCUGCCUGCUCGCACUGGAUCCAGUGGGGAGAGUGUGGAGAGCCCGGAGGUGGGCUCCGUGGCGGGGGGCCCGGGGGCCGAGGCCCCCCCUGCUGUAAUCCCGUCCCAGGGAGACCUCCUGGGGGACCUGCUCAACCUGGAUCUGGCCGGCCCUGCCACCUCGGGGCCCCCGCCCCCCCCUGCCGCCAUGCAGCUGGGGACCAUGGACCUCCUGGGAGGGGGGCUGGACAGUCUGAUGGGGGAUGAGUCUGAACCGCCUCACAUCCCCCUCAGGAUGGAGGCCCAGUCGCCCAGCCCCCAGCCUCAGAGCCCCCAGUCCCCAGAGUACUACCAUGCCCAGCUUGGAGGAGACAUAGGAGGCAGUCCAGCGAUGGGCGUGGGUUUCGGGGCGCCCCCUGCUGUUAUGCCCGCCUCCCUGAACGCCCCUGUGGGGGGCGGCCUCGGCGACCUGUUUGACCUGGGAGGGAGCGUUGGCAUGCCGACGGGAGCCUACAUCCCACCUAAGACGGUGUGGCUCCCAGCCAUGAAGGCCAAGGGUCUGGAGAUCUCCGGUACGUUUGCGCGCCGGGCGGGGGUGAUCCAGAUGGAGCUGACCAUCACUAACAAGGCCAUGAGCGUUAUGAGCGACUUCGCCAUCCAGUUCAACAGAAACAGUUUCGGCCUGGCCCCAGCCGGGCCCCUCCAGAUCCUCACUCCUCUCAGCCCGAACCAGACCAUCGAGGCCAGCCUGCCCCUCAGCACGGUGGGCCCCGUCAUGAAAAUGGAGCCCCUCAACAACCUCCAGGUGGCUGUGAAGAACAACAUUGACGUGUUCUACUUCAGCUGCCAGUACCCUAUCAGCAUGCUGUUUGUGGAGGAUGGCAAGAUGGACCGGCAGGUGUUCCUGGGAACCUGGAAGGACAUCCCUAAUGAACACGAGUCCCAGUUCCAGAUCAAAGACUGUCAUCUCAACUCAGAUGCAGCAUCCAACAAGCUGCAGGGCAGCAACAUCUUCACCAUCGCCAAGCGCACGGUGGAGGGCCAGGACAUGCUGUACCAGUCCAUCAAGCUGACCAACAACAUCUGGGUGCUGGCAGAGCUCAGAGUGCAGGCUGGGAACCCCACCUACACGGUCUCCCUGAAGUGCCGAGCCCCAGAGGUGUCUCAGUGUGUGUUCCAGAGCCUGGAGGCUGUGCUGAAGAACUGAGGCCCGAGGAGAGACCCUGGACCCCCCCAGCCCCUCACCACACCCUGGCUGGACCAUCUCCCUCCAGCCCCUCCGUCUCGCCACCCUGGACCCCGCCGCCCUGGACCCCCCCCCCUCCUCCCCCAACCUCACCCCCCUCCAUCUCUGAUCACCCCCUCCUCCAGGAAGACAGACCCCAGCUCUCCCCAGGUCCUUAUCUGUCUCUCUCUCUCUCUCUCUCUCUCUCUCUCUGUCCCUCUCUCUCUCUGUCCCUCCUUCUUGCCAAACCCCAGUCACCAUCCUCAGAUAGGUUGUGGCCCCACAGUCAGUCUGUGACUGUACGAAGCAGCCCAGUGUGUCCAGCCCCCUCUCCUGCUGCAGGUCUGGUGUCCCGGGCUGAGACGCCCUGAGCCGCUAGUCUGGACUGACCUUUGCUGCCGUUCACAGUCAGCACUGUAGAAGAAACUGUGUGAGACUGCUCCCGUGACUGCAUGCAUAUGAUGUCUGCUCUCUCUGUCUGUCUCUCUCUCUGUCUCUCGCUUGCUCACCCUCUGUCUCCCUCUCUUAUAUGAUUAUCUCGCCUCACGUCUUUGCAAAUUGGUAGCUAUAUUUAGUGUCUGUAAUCAGCGGUUGAGUCUCCACUGUCUUUGCAGCGCUGCUUCAUAUUCGCUUUUGACAGACGGCGCUAAUGGCUCGCACUGGUCAGCGUUGGCCGUCAGAGAAACACACUUGUGUCACUCCAGCCCAGCCCCCCACCCCCCUCCCCCGGCGGCCCCCUUCCUGUUCUGAGGGGAAAGAGAAGUCAUGGCUAGAAACACUAAACAUUCUGGAAUCACCUUUUUCGGUCCUCCCUAAUCGAGUGUGUGUGUGUGUCAGCUUGUUCUUCAUACCAUAGCUUUUUGAUGUUUUACGGUACGGCGUAGUGCCCGUGCUGUCGAAGGCAUGACUUUGUGUGUUUGUUUCUUUUCUGCCUGUUUAGUAUUUGUUUCCGGAAGGAGAGGUGAGGUGAUGAGAGGUCUGUACCACGCGCUAGAUCUCUCUCCUGGUUGCUCUGCAGCCCCCCCCCCCCCCUCCGUCCCUUUAAGUCAUUCCAUCCUGUGUCGUCCUGUGUGCUGUGUUAUAAGGCUGUUAUAAAGCUGGCCAGGGGGGGGAGGAAGGCGGAUGUUUGAUCGUGGCGUCCAGCCUGCGGACGUUCUGUCUGACGAUUACCUCCGGAAGCUUCCUUGACGACAGUCUCUGAGGUAAACCCACCUUCCACCACAGUCUUUUGCUUUACCUGCGCAGGUCACUGUCCAGGUUGCACAAAUCAUGUCUCACCUUCGCAUGAAGGAAAUUAGAACGGCUUCCUCCGGCCUGUGUUGGCUAUGUCUCAUGAAAUAUAAAACGGUGUAUAUUGAUAUUUGGAGUUAAGUUGCUGGAUGGUGACCCUCCUGAGCGGGCUGUGGUAGGGAGGGGUGGGUGUUUGGGUGUACCUCCUGUAUGUGGUGGUAGAUGACUUGUGUGGGUUUGUGCUGAGAUGCUGUAAACUAAAACUACAAUAUACUUAAAGCUGUUUACAGCAGGUCAGAGGUUUUUGACUGAUUGAUAAAGGUGUGGACAUCAUUUGAAACCAAACAAUAAAAAUUGGAUAUAUUCUCAAA